AUGCACGGCAAGCAUGGUUCUCCUGGGGCACCAGGCCGCGACGGACGUGACGGACGUGAUGGCCGUGAUGGAGCUAAAGGUGAUCAAGGGUUGCAGGGGAAGACUGGACCUCAGGGACCUCCUGGUGAUAAGGGACCUGCUGGUGUAAAGGGAGAGGAAGGGGUUAAAGGAGAACUUGGAGCCCAGGGUCCCCUGGUCGGAAAGGGGAACCUGGUCCGAUGCCGUUUAAAAGCUGGAAAGAAUGCGUCUGGAAAAACUUGAAUGAUCCAAAGGACAAUGGUCUGAUCAAGGUGAGUUGUGCAAAAAUCACAUUCGGCGCAUUCAGUUAAGUCGAUUUUGUCUUUUACUCCUUAUGAGAAACUAUGCUGCGAGACCUGUUUUAGACGCCUGACUUUUCAUGAGCCGAAUUUAAUGCGAAUCUAGUUGACCUGAGUUGACCAAAGUACUUCUUGAUUGAUUCAACGCCAAAGUUAAUCAUCGGUGCCGAGAAAGGACAACUCUUUGUCGCACUUGAUGCAGCAGAGGGAAAAAAAGUAUAAAAAAAUUCUGGCCAAGGCAGGGGAUGAAAUAGCCCAGUUCUUAUAACUGUAGGCCGGAGGGUGAAUAAAGAAGGACACGUGUCACUGGGUAACACGAAACCUAUGACGGUAAUCACAUUUUAACUUUUACUACCAAGAAGAAUAGAUCUUAUGGAAUCUUUAUGUCUCUUUUAUUUCCAUUUUCGCCAGGACUGUGUCUUUACAAAAAACUUUUCUGAUACUGCUCUUCAUGUUUACUGGACCGGUGCAUUGAAAAUUCACAACUGCAAUAGCUGCUGCAAACGUUGGUACUUCACUUUCAAUGGCGCUGAGUGUUCUGGUCCCCUGCCCAUUGACGGAGUUGUCUUCAUGUCUAACGGCAGUGGCAAAGUUCUCCAUCGCGUCCGCCAUAUUGAGGGACACUGUAACAACAUCCACAAAGGAAAGGUGCGCGUGGGAUUCUGGAUCGGCAAUUGCGCCUCGUAUGGAAACGCUGAUGGGUACACAGGAUGGAAUUCAGUAUCCCGGAUCUUUGUCGAAGAAGUUCCUAAAGCUCAAGUUUAA